CAUAAAGCGAAGUAAAGAAGAAGAAGGCAGACGGAAAAAAAACAGCUACCUGUCCGGCUUGAUUAUUUGUCUAAUUAAAUAUGACCGAAUAAACGUAAAUUGACCUAAGUGAAAUACAAAAUAGAAACCUCGAGUAGCUCGAAUAGCGCAGAGGACAUAGGUACGUUGAAUUUAGUUUGGAGGCUGCUGGGGGAAGGAUGUACGCUGUGUACAGGCAGGCCCACACUCCCACCGCCGUGGAGUUCUCUGUUUACUGCAACUUCAUAUCCAGCAGGGAGAAAAACCUGGUGGUCGCCGGGACAUCUCAACUGUUUGUUUACAGGAUCAUCCAUGAUGUGGAGAGUACCUCAUCAUCAGACAAAUCCUCUGAUGCCAAAACCCGUAAGGAGAAGCUGGAGCAGGUGGCGUCCUUUUCUCUCUUCGGCAACGUCAUGUCCAUGGCCAGCGUGCAGCUCACAGGAGCCAGCAAAGACGCCCUCCUCCUCAGUUUCAAAGAUGCAAAGCUGUCGGUAAUCGAGUACGAUCCUGGGACGCAUGACCUGAAGACGCUUUCCCUGCAUUACUUUGAGGAACCAGAGCUCAGAGACGGCUUUUUCCAGAACGUGCACAUUCCCAUUGUUCGCGUGGAUCCAGAGAACCGCUGUGCCGUGAUGCUCAUUUACGGCACCAAGCUCGUAGUGCUGCCGUUCCGGAAAGACACACUGUCCGAUGAGCAGGAGGGCGGAGUUGGAGAGGGACCCAAAUCCAGCUUCCUGCCCAGCUACAUCAUAGAUGUCCGCGAGCUGGAUGAGAAGCUGCUGAACAUUAUUGACAUGAAGUUCCUUCAUGGCUACUAUGAGCCCACGCUGCUGAUUCUGUUUGAGCCCAACCAGACGUGGCCCGGGCGUGUUGCCGUUCGUCAGGACACCUGCAGCAUCGUGGCCAUCUCCCUCAACAUCAUGCAGAAGGUUCAUCCCGUCAUUUGGUCUCUCAGUAACCUGCCCUUUGACUGCACGCAGGUCAUGGCCGUCCCCAAACCCAUCGGAGGUGUGGUGGUGUUUGCUGUGAACUCUCUGCUGUAUCUGAACCAAAGUGUCCCGCCGUAUGGAGUCUCUCUGAACUCCCAGACCAAUGGGACGACGUCCUUCCCGCUGCGCGUGCAGGAGGAGGUGAAGAUCACGUUAGACUGCUGUCAGUCUGACUUCAUCGCUUAUGACAAGAUGGUCAUCUCCCUGAAAGGAGGGGAAAUUUACGUGUUGACCCUCAUAACGGACGGCAUGAGGAGCGUCCGUGCGUUUCACUUUGACAAAGCUGCAGCCAGCGUCCUGACGACCUGCAUGGUGACGAUGGAGCCCGGCUACCUGUUCCUGGGUUCCCGUCUGGGAAACUCGCUGCUCCUGAAAUACACGGAGAAGCUGCAGGAGGCGCCCGCAGAGGACGGAAAUGACAAGCAGGAAAAAGAGAAGCAGGAGGAACCCCCCAACAAGAAAAAGCGAGUGGAGUCUUCCAGCAACUGGACUGAUGAGGUGGAUGAGAUCGAGGUUUAUGGAAGUGAAGCCCAGUCAGGCACUCAGCUGGCCACCUUCUCCUUUGAGGUUUGCGACAGCAUACUCAACAUUGGACCUUGUGCGAAUGCUUCCAUGGGUGAACCUGCUUUUCUCUCUGAAGAGUUUCAGAGCAACCCUGAACCCGACUUGGAGAUCGUUGUUUGCUCUGGCUACGGCAAAAACGGUGCUCUGUCCGUCUUGCAGAGAAGCAUCCGACCUCAAGUAGUCACUACGUUUGAGCUGCCAGGUUGCCACGACAUGUGGACGGUAAUCUCAGGGGAAGACAAGAAGAGCGGCAAAAAUGAGGAGUCGGAGGAUGGAGGGAAGGUGGAGACAGAAGAGGAGAGUGAAGGAGGAGAAAAGGAAGCGGACGCAGAGAAGAAAGAAGAGCAGGAUAAGACAGAGCCUCCUCUGGAAGACGAUGCAAAGAAGCACGGCUUCCUCAUCCUGAGCAGAGAAGAUUCAACCAUGAUCCUGCAGACGGGUCAGGAGAUCAUGGAGCUGGACACCAGUGGCUUUGCCACUCAGGGACCCACUGUGUUUGCUGGAAACAUUGGAGAUAACCAAUACAUCAUCCAGGUCUCCCCCAUGGGACUUCGGCUUCUUGAAGGAGUGAAGCAGCUUCACUUCAUCCCAGUGGAUCUGGGAUCUCCCAUAGUUCAUUGCUCUGUGGCGGACCCGUACGUCGUUAUUAUGACCGCAGAGGGCGUGGUCACUAUGUUUGUGCUGAAGAGUGACACUUACAUGGGGAAAACACACCGACUGGCUCUGCAGAAACCUCAAAUUUCCACGCUAUCUCGAGUGAUCGCUCUGUGUGCGUAUCGAGACGUCAGUGGGAUGUUCACCACAGAAAACAAAUCCAGCUGCUCCUCCAAAGAGGACCUCAUCCUCAGGAGCAACUCUGAGACAGAGACAGUCUACCAGGACCUCAGCAACACAGUGGAUGAUGAAGAGGAGAUGCUGUACGGCGAGUCCGGCGCCAGCAUGGCAGCCGGGAAAGAGGAAAUGAGCCGCGGCUCUGCAGCAACAGCGCCCCCUGGGGGUGAGGGUAGCGCGGGCAAAGCCGAGCCUAGCCACUGGUGUGUGCUGAUCCGGGAGAACGGCGUAAUGGAGAUUUACCAGCUGCCUGACUGGCGGCUGGUCUUCCUGGUGAAGAACUUCCCGGUGGGCCAAAGGGUGCUGGUGGACAGCUCUUCUGGACAGUCAGCGACACAGGGAGACGGGAAGAAGGAGGAAGUCACUCGACAGGGAGAGAUCCCGUUGGUCAAAGAGGUGGCUUUGGUUGCUCUCGGCAACAAUCGCAGCCGCCCGUAUCUGCUGGUCCACGUGGAGAACGAACUUCUGGUCUACGAAGCGUUCCCGUACGACCAGCAGCAGCCGCAGAACAACCUGAAAGUCCGCUUCAAAAAGGUGCCCCACAGCAUUAACUUCAGAGAGAAGAAACCCAAGCUGAAGAAAGACAAGAAGGCGGAGGGCGGAGGUCCUGAGGAAAAUGUGGCUGUGAAGAGCCGAAUUUCCAGGUUCCGGUACUUUGAGGACAUUUCUGGAUACUCUGGGGUGUUCAUCUGUGGCCCAUCCCCCCACUGGAUGUUGAUCACCUCUCGAGGAGGGCUGAGGCUUCACCCCAUGACCAUCGACGGACCCAUCGAGUCCUUCUCCCCCUUUCACAACAUCAACUGCCCCAAAGGCUUCCUCUACUUCAACAAACAGGGUGAGCUUAGGAUCAGCGUCCUGCCCACCUACCUGUCCUACGACGCCCCCUGGCCUGUGAGGAAAAUCCCCCUGAGGUGCACCGUCCAUUUCGUCUCGUAUCACGUCGAGUCCAAGGUGUAUGCUGUGUGCACAAGCGUGAAAGAGCUGUGCACGCGCAUCCCCAGGAUGACUGGAGAGGAGAAGGAGUUUGAAACUAUUGAAAGAGAUGAGCGCUACAUCAACCCUCUGCAGGAGAAGUUCUCCAUCCAGCUGAUCUCGCCAGUGAGCUGGGAGACCAUUCCCAACACCAGGAUCGACCUGGAGGAGUGGGAACACGUGACCUGCAUGAAGACGGUAGCGCUACGGAGCCAGGAGACCGUGUCUGGACUGAAGGGCUACAUAGCUGCGGGGACCUGCGUGUUGCAGGGGGAGGAGGUCACCUGCAGGGGGCGGAUCCUGAUCCUGGACGUGAUCGAGGUGGUUCCAGAGCCGGGCCAGCCCCUCACCAAGAACAAGUUCAAAGUUCUGUAUGAGAAGGAGCAGAAAGGCCCGGUGACGGCACUGUGCCACUGCCACGGGUACCUAGUGUCAGCCAUCGGACAAAAGAUCUUCCUGUGGGCCCUGAAAGACAACGACCUGACGGGCAUGGCCUUCAUCGACACGCAGCUCUACAUCCACCAGAUGAUCAGCAUCAAGAACUUCAUCCUGGCAGCUGAUGUGAUGAAGAGCAUCUCGCUGCUGCGUUACCAGGAGGAAAGCAAGACGCUGUCACUGGUCAGCCGGGAUGCAAAGCCCCUGGAGGUUUACAGCAUCGAGUUCAUCGUGGACAACAACCAACUUGGAUUCCUGGUUUCAGACCGAGACAAGAAUCUCUUUGUCUACAUGUAUCUACCUGAAGCUAAAGAGAGUUUCGGGGGCAUGCGGCUGCUCAGGCGGGCUGACUUUAACGCCGGAGCCCAUAUCAACUCUCUGUGGAGGAUGCCGUGCAGGGGAGCGCUGGACUCCGGCAGCAAGAAGGCACUCACCUGGGACAACAAGCACAUCACCUGGUUUGCAACACUGGAUGGGGGCAUUGGACUGCUCCUCCCCAUGCAGGAGAAGACGUACCGCCGUCUGCUGAUGUUGCAGAACGCUCUGACCACGAUGCUGCCUCAUCACGCGGGCCUCAACCCCAAAGCCUUCAGAAUGAUGCACAGCAACAGACGGAGCCUGCAGAACGCAGUGAAGAACAUCUUGGACGGAGAGCUCCUCGCCAAGUACCUGUACCUCAGUACCAUGGAGCGCAGCGAGCUGGCCAAGAAGAUCGGCACCACGCAGGACAUCAUCCUGGACGACCUUCUAGAAAUCGACAGAGUCACGGCUCAUUUCUGAGCGCCGUUUCCACAUGAGCAAGUAUUUUCUUACGCCCGUCUCCCAGCUCCUUCCCGUUUUCCUAAAAUGUUUUGUAUUAAAAACUGAACUGAG